AUGAGAGCAAAGGAUGAUACUAUAAUUUUGGAUGUUCAAUUGUAUUUAGAAUAAUAACAUGAAAAUAAAUGCGUGGUCACAUUAUAUCUUUACAAUGAACCAAUUAAGGUUGAUAAAAAUACAUAUUUAUUGCCUUUCUUAUAAAAGCAUAAGAUUUAACAAUUAGAUUAUAAAACAGAUUAGAAAACAGAUUUAAAUAGGUUAUAUUAAAGUGAUAUUGGAAUCGAAGAUGAAGGCCCUGGAUUAGAUUUAAAGUUAAAUGAAAGAGAUUCAUCAUCUUGGGGAUUAAAUUUAUCUAGAUUGAAAAAAAGCUAUUUAUCGGGAGAAACUAAUGACACAUUGAUUUAAUAAAUUAGUCCACGCAAUCAAUAAGAAUAAUUACCUUGUUGGAAAGCGUCUCAGAAUAAUUCUUCAACUUAGUCAUCAGUAAAUAUGGGAUUAUAACAAGAAGGCAAAAGUGAUAAUGAUUCUUAAUUUACUAUUAAAUCAAUUGAGUGUCGUUAUUGUAAAUAAAGUUACAAUAGUUAAGAGUUGAAAACGAUACUUGUAAAUGCCAUUAAAAAAAAUGUAAUAGCUCUAUGUCAGAUGUGUUACUAAAAAAUACCCAGAUCUAUGUACUCAAAGAUAAAGGUAGCAGAUAAAGAAUAUCAUUAUAUAAAAUUAUCAUUAGAACUAGAAAUUCUUAAAAAGGAUUUAAUUCAAAAAAUGGAUAUUUAGAAAUGUUAAUUUUGUAAUUUUUUUUGUAUUUGGGAUAAGAGAAAGCAAUCAAUUAACAGAUUUUGUCCAAAUUGCCUUUAAAAUAGCAUGAUUUCUAAAAAUUAUUGA